AUGCCAGCGAAAGGAGGCGGAAACGCCAAGAAGGAAUCCGGUCGAGCCAAAAAGGCGGCCAACGAGGACAAGAAGGCGGCUGCUGCCGCUGCAUCUGCCGAAGCCGCCGAAGCAGCGCGCUGGGAAGAUCCCGUCGGUGGACGUGGCAAGACAGCCGCUGAGAAGAAAGCCGAGAAAGCAGCCGAAGCCGCCCGCAAAGCCGAAGAGAAACGUCAGCUGGAAGCCGAAGACGAUGCCGCCACCCCCACUGCUCCCGUUAAAUCCGCCAACAAGGGCAAGGGAGCGCCCAAGAAGUCGGCGCUCAAAUCAGGCGGUGCCACCGGUCUCGAUUCCACCCCGUCCUUCUCCGCCUCGAACCUCGAUGACGCCCUCGACGCCAUGUCGCUCGUCAACGAGCGCUCCGACAGCGCCAGCAAGGGCUCCGCCGCAGCCGGCAUCGAACGUCAUCCCGAGCGAAGAUUCAAAGCCGCCUUCGAGGCGUACAAGGAGAGGGAGCUGCCGAGGAUCAAGGAGGAUCACAAAGGGUUGCGUCUGCAGCAGUACCACGAUCUGCUGUACAAGCAGUUCCAGAAGCACCCGGACAAUCCUUUCAACCAGAUGAGCGUAGCGUACGACGCGACUAAGGAGGAAAAGAUGGCGGCGUUGGAGAGCAAAAGGAGUGAGAAGGAGAAGAGGUUGCGCGAUGCGUAG